AUGGGAGGUGUUAGUACUCCCAGCAAGUACAUGGGAGGUGUUAGUACUCCCAGCAAGUACAUGGGAGGUGUUAGUACUCCUGGCAAGUACAUGGGUGGUGGUGGUACUCCCAGCAAGUACAUGGGAGGUGGUGGUGGUACUUCCAGCAAGUUCAUGGGUGGUGGUGGUACUCCCAGCAAGUACAUGGGCGGUGUUAGUACUCCCAGCAAGUACAUGGGUGAUGUUAGUAUUCCUGGCAAGUACAUAGGAGGUGUUAGUACUCCUGGCAAGUACAUGGGUGGUAGUGGUACUCCCAGCAAGUACAUGGGAGGUGGUGGUGGUACUUCCAGCAAGUACAUGGGUGGUUGUGGUACUCCCAGCAAGUACAUGGGCGGUGUUAGUACUCCCAGCAAGUACAUGGGAGGUGUUAGUACUCCCAGCAAGUACAUGGGUGGUGGUGGUACUCCCUGCAAGUACAUAGGAGGUGUUAGUACUCCUGGCAAGUACAUGGGAGGUGUUAGUACUCCCAGCAAGUACAUGAGAGGUGUUAGUACUCCCAGCAAGAACAUGGGUGGUGGUGGUACUCCCUGCAAGUACAUAGGAGGUGUUAGUACUCCUAGCAAGUACAUGGGAGGUGUUAGUACUCCUGGCAAGUACAUGGGAGGUGUUAGUACUCCUGGCAAGUACAUGGGAGGUGUUAGUACUCCCUGCAAGUACAUGGGAGGUGUUAGUACUCCCAGCAAGUACAUGGGAGGUGUUAGUACUCCUGGCAAGUACAUGGGUGGUGGUGGUACUCCCAGCAAGUACAUGGGAGGUGGUGGUGGUACUUCCAGCAAGUACAUGGGUGGUGGUGGUACUCCCAGCAAGUACAUGGGCGGUGUUAGUACUCCCAGCAAGUACAUGGGUGAUGUUAGUAUUCCUGGCAAGUACAUAGGAGGUGUUAGUACUCCUGGCAAGUACAUGGGUGGUAGUGGUACUCCCAGCAAGUACAUGGGAGGUGGUGGUGGUACUUCCAGCAAGUACAUGGGUGGUUGUGGUACUCCCAGCAAGUACACGGGCGGUGUUAGUACUCCCAGCAAGUACAUGGGAGGUGUUAGUACUCCCAGCAAGUACAUGGGUGGUGGUGGUACUCCCAGCAAGUACAUAGGAGGUGUUAGUACUCCUGGCAAGUACAUGGGAGGUGUUAGUACUCCCAGCAAGUACAUGAGAGGUGUUAGUACUCCCAGCAAGAACAUGGGUGGUGGUGGUACUCCCUGCAAGUACAUAGGAGGUGUUAGUACUCCUAGCAAGUACAUGGGAGGUGUUAGUACUCCUGGCAAGUACAUGGGAGGUGUUAGUACUCCCAGCAAGUACAUGGGGGGUGUUAGUACUCCCAGCAAGUACAUGGGUGGUGGUGGUACUCCCAGCAAGUACAUGGGAGGUGUUGGUACUCCCAGGAGGUACAUGGGUGGUGGUGGUACUCCCAGCAAGUACAUGGGAGGUGUUAGUACUCCUGGCAAGUACAUGGGAGGUGUUAGUACUCCCAGCAAGUACAUGAGUGGUGGUGGUACUCCCAGCAAGUACAUGGGUGGUGGUGGUGGUACUCCCAGCAAGUACAUGGGAGGUGUUAAUACUCCCAGCAAGUAUAUGAGUGGUGUUGGUACUCCCGGCAAGUACAUGUGA